GCGCCUCAGCGAGGGCGGGGUACGGCGUCCUCCCUCCCCUCUGGGUGGGCGCCUGCUUGCGCCUGCGCGCAUGCGCGCUGUGGUGCGAAGCCACCUCCCCCGCCGAAUCGCGCAUCUGCGCAGUUGCUGUUAUUGUGACUGUCGGGCCACGGCCCCGGAUGUUGUGGCUGCCGCGGGGAGAUGGCUGAGGCCGAAGGGGUUCCCACGACCCCAGGCCCGGCUUCGGGGUCGACUUUCAGGGGCCGCCGAGAUGUGUCAGGCUCCUGGGAGCGGGACCAGCAGGUUGAGGCGGCGCAGCGGGCCCUGGUGGAGGUGCUGGGGCCUUACGAGCCUCUGCUGAGUCGGGUGCAGGCAGCCCUGGUGUGGGAGCGGCCAGCUAGGAGCGCUCUGUGGUGCCUGGGGCUGAACGCGGCUUUCUGGUUUUUUGCCCUGACAUCUCUUCGUCUUGUGUUUUUACUUGCAUUUGGCUUGAUGAUCAUUGUGUGUAUUGAUCAAUGGAAGAACAAAAUCUGGCCUGAAAUAAAAGUGCCAAGACCCGACGCAUUAGACAAUGAGAGCUGGGGCUUUGUGCACCCUCGGUUGCUCAGCGUGCCCGAGCUCUGCCACCAUGUAGCUGAAGUCUGGGUUAGUGGGACCAUUUUCAUAAGGAAUGUUUUGCUUUUCAAAAAGCAAAACCCAGGCAAGUUCUGCUUGCUGAGCUGUGGGAUACUGACCUUUUUGGCUGUCUUGGGCCGCUACGUCCCUGGGCUUCUGCUGUCCUACUUGAUGCUUGUCACUGUCAUGAUGUGGCCCCUUGCUGUGUACCACCGACUGUGGGAUCGAGCAUAUGUGCGGCUGAAGCCAGCUCUGCAGCGGCUAGACUUCAGUGUCCGUGGCUACAUGAUGUCCAAGCAGAGAGAGAGACAAUUACGCCGCAGAGCUCUCCACCCAGAACGAGCCAUGGACAACCACAGUGACAGCGAAGAGGAGCUUGCUGCCUUCUGUCCUCAGCUGGACGAUUCUACUGUUGCCAGGGAAUUGGCCAUCACAGACUCUGAGCACUCAGACGCUGAAGUCUCCUGUACAGACAAUGGCACAUUCAAUCUUUCAAGGGGCCAAACACCUCUAACGGAAGGCUCUGAAGACCUAGAUGGUCACAGUGAUCCAGAGGAAUCCUUUGCCAGAGACCUUCCAGACUUCCCUUCCAUUAAUAUGGAUCCUGCUGGCCUGGAUGAUGAGGACGACACUAGCAUUGGCAUGCCCAGCUUGAUGUACCGUUCUCCGCCAGGGGCUGAGGAGCCCCAGGCCCCACCUGCCAGCCGGGACGAGGCUGUGCUGCCGGAGCUCCUGCUUGGUGCUCUGCCUGUAGGAUCCAACCUCACCAGCAACCUUGCCAGCCUGGUCUCCCAGGGUAUGAUUCAGCUGGCCUUGUCAGGGGCCUCCCAACCAGGCCCUUCUGGAGCACCUGCCCAGAGAGCAACGAGAGGCUUCCUCCGGUCCCCCAGUUCAGACCUGGACACUGAUGCUGAGGGGGAUGACUUUGAACUUCUGGACCAGUCGGAGCUGAGUCAGCUGGACCCUGCCAGUUCUAGGAGCCACUGAGGCAGAGACUCCUUUUGGGAGUCACUGUGGUUUAGGUUUUUUUCUCCCCAUCCCACUUAAGGUGAUGGGGCAAGGGAAGAACUCGGCUCCCCUCCCCUGAAUUAUAUUUGUAUGCUGGGUGGCCUGGCUGAUGCUCAGAGGCCUCCUUAGAGAGGACACUCACUCCCCUCCCACCAGCUGGAUGCCCAUUUCUGAGCUCAGUCACUGAAGUGAGAGUGUGCUCCCCCAAGGGAGGCUUCUCUCCAUCAGGAUGGUACUUUGGGGGAACAAAAUAGUCAGGGAUAUUGGUUCCCCUUUGAGGAGGUGCUGCUGUUUGCUUUUAGGUAUGAGUGCUCAGGGGCCCUCACUGAAAGAGCCCAUGCCUGCCUUCCUCCUUUCAUCGCCUCUCUAGAGCCCCCAAAGUCAGGCAGCAGCUGGAGUAGUUACAUUGUCAUCAUCUUUUUUUUUGAGAGAGUUUCGCUCUGUUGCCCAGGCUGGAGUGCAGUGGUGUGAUCUUGGCUUUCUGCAACGUCUGCCUUCCAGGUUGAAGAGGUUCUCCUGCCUCAGCCUCCUGCGUAGUGGGAUUACAGGUGCCCGCCACUAUGCCCGGCUAAUUUUUCUUUUGGUAUUUUUAGUAGAAAUGGGGUUUCACCAUGUUGGCCAGGCUGGUCUCAAACUCCUGACCUCAAGGGAGCCGACUGCCUUGGCCUCCCAGAGUGCUGGGAUUAGUCGUCAUCUUUUGUUAAACCAGGAUUUGGUUUUUUUCUCUUUUUUUCUUUUCUUUUCUUUUUUUUUUUGAGACAGAGUCUCACUCUGUUGCCCAGGCUGGAGUGCAGUGGCACGAUCUCGGCUCACUGCAACCUCCGCCUGCCGGGUCAAGCGAUUCUCCUACCUCAGCCUCCUCAGUAGCUGAGAUUACAGGCAUGCACCACCAUGCCCGGCUAAUUUUUUUUGUGUUUUUAGUAGAGAUGGGGUUUCACCGUGCUGGCCAGGCUGGUCCAGAACUCCUGACUGCAAAUGAUCAGCCCACCUCAGCCACCCAAAGUGUUGGGAUUACAGGUGUGAGCCACUGUGCCCAGCGUGAUUUUUUUUUUUUUUUAAAGCAAACUUGUCCUUUGGUUUUGCAGAACAGGCCUGCUCCCUCUCCUCUAGCCCAUCAUUUCUUGGGGCCUGAACCCCAGUGGUCCAAAGUAUUGCUUGUGAAAUUUUAAAAAUGUGAAUAUGAUGUGGGGAUGGGCCUCUUCUACAUUACCUUGGCCCAGGGGGAUCAGCUGGCUGGGAGGAUUAGUGAGCACCUCUGUAUUUUGAGGUCUGAGUCUUCUGGAGCUGUGUAGUUAAUCUUCGGUUUCUGAUAACCCCUGGGUCCAUCUGGCCAUCAGCCUCAGCAGUGAGCAAAGCAAUACCAUACUCAUUUCUAUGUUCCUGUUCCUUCCUCUGCUCCUCCUUUGGAGAAGCAGUAAUUCAUGGGGGAUGAUACAGUCGCACUUUACAAAUGGCUCCAUGUCAUUCAUCCCAAGGGCCAUAAUCUCUUGCACCACCUAUUCUUACUUCCUGUUCAGCUCCUUUACAGCUUUUAUUUUCAACUGCUUCCCAACUUGGUGGGGCCUCCUUUAAGGAUGAGCCAAUAGUAAGAAUGUGGCUGUAAUCAGCAGAGACCCCUCUGAGGGGUAUCUGUUCUGCAGCCCCUAGUAAAAUCAUGUGAUGUGAGACAGAAACCUAAACAUGGUACUUGAUUCUAAACCUGUGCCAGUCUAUAGCCUCUGCCUCCCCAAUCAGAGCUCAAGCCAAACGCUUCUGUCCUCUUUCCUUCUGCAUUAACCCUUUGCUGAUCCUCAGGGGCCACUCCCCCAACACCCCUGUACUUGGGUGAGGGAUGUUGGACAGAGCCUGUUUUCAUGUACUGCAGGUGGGGGUGUGCUGACAUGUUUGCUCUUGGUUGAUGGAGAAGGUACAGAGGCCAGGGAGUGAAAAUGGUUGACAGAAGAGGGAAGAGUUAGGUGUCUCAUAGUCACUCAUAGUGGGGUGGUCAGGGGUAAUGGCAUCUCCCCACUUUAGGCUUCUCAAACAGACUUUUGACACCUCUCUUCUCAAGUUCAGAGCUGUGAUGUGGAAAGACAGGAGGUGUGGGGAAGGAGGGGGAUUUCGUGUGUUUGCAUGAGUGUGCGCUUCAGGCCUUGGGAGUUGGCAAGAGGGAGGGAAGGAAGGAGAGCAAAGUCUUCGGAAGGUGUUUCUUGUACCUGAGGGAUCCUGCCCUGAAUCUCCAUAGUCUCCACUGUGAACUGAGGAGGGGAGGGGUGUGCUGGGGAAUAAAUCUUGUAUGAGAACAA